AUGUCAAGAUAUCUUAAUGACUCCUUUAUGGGUCGUAUAAUUUAUAGAUUAUCAGGUAGAAAAUAUUUUUUACAUAAUGAAGAAAAACCUGAUUACGUAAUUCCUGAAAAAUAUUUAAUUUCUGCAAAUAAUUCCAAAGAUAUAAAUGAAAAAACUAUUGAAGAAAAUGAACCAAUAACAACAACAAAUAAUAACAAUGGUUCAGAUACAAGUGAAAAUUUAGAAAAUAUAAAAAAUAAUAAUUCAUCAGAUUCAACUAUUGGUAGAAAUGAUAUACAAGAAGAUAAAGAAUUGGAAGAAGCUAAAAUUGAAAAAGAAGAUGAAAAAGCAAGAGAAGAUGGAUAUAUAAUAGUAAAAUGGGAUGAAAAUGAUCCUGAAAAUCCAUAUAAUUGGGAAUUUUGGUGGAAAGCUAUAAUGGCAUUGCAAAUUGCAUUUAUGACUACUUCUGUUUAUAUGGGUUCAGCAAUAUAUACUCCUGGUAUUUUAGAUAUAAUGGAAAAAUUUAAUAUAGGACAAGUCGUUGCUACAUUACCAUUAACAUUAUUUGUUGUUGGUUAUGGUAUUGGUCCAAUUAUUUUUAGUCCAUUAUCCGAGGAUUUUAGGAUUGGUAGAACUCCAUUAUAUAUUAUUACAAUUUUCAUUUUUUGUAUGAUGCAAAUUCCAACAGCCUUGUCACAAAAUAUUGCAGGAUUAUGUAUAUUGAGAUUCAUUGCUGGGUUCUUUGCUUCUCCAUGUUUGAGUACGGGCGGUGCUUCUGUGUCUGAUUUCAUAACGAUGCCGUACGUAGUCGUUGGUUUAGCUACUUGGUCAUUAGGUGCAGUAUGUGGUCCUUCUUUAGGUCCUUUAAUUGGUGCUGUUUUAGUCGUUAGAGGUGGUCACAAUGGUUAUGAAAGUUGGAGAUGGACAUUCUGGUUUAUGGCAUUACUUUCUUCAUCUUUUAUUUUCCUUGCUUUCACUUUACCAGAAACUUAUGCUCCUAAAUUAUUAACAAAUAGAGCUAAAAGAUUAAGAAGAUUAACUGGUAACGACAAGAUUAUUUCAGAAUCUGAAUUACAACAUAUGACUAAUAAACAAACUACUAGUCAAAUAUUAAGUAAAUUAUUAUGGAGACCUUUUGAAAUUACUAUAAAAGAACCAGUUGUUUUAUUAAUUGAUAUUUAUAUUGCUUUAGUUUACAGUAUCAUGUAUUUAUUUUUUGAAGCUGUUCCAAUUGUUUUUCAAGAAACUAAACAUUUUGCAUUAAUUCCAAUGGGUACUACUUAUUUAAGUAUUGUUAUUGGUAUAAUCAUUGGUGCUGCACUUUAUAUUCCUGUUAUCUACAAAACUUUUACCGUGAAAUUAUUAGCUGGUCAAAUGGUUUACCCAGAAGUCUUUUUACCUCCAGCUAUAUUUGGUUCAAUAUUAAUGCCUGUUGGUCUAUUCAUCUUUGCUUGGACCUCAUCACCAAACAUUCAUUGGUUCCCUCCAUUACUUGGAAUGGCAUUUUUUGCAUGUGGAGCAUUUUUAAUAUUUCAAACUUUAUUCAAUUAUAUGGCUGCAAGUUUCAAAGUUGAAUUUCUAGCAUCGGUAUUCUCAUCCAAUGCUCUAUUCAGAAGUAUUAUUGCUAGUGUAUUUCCUUUAUUCUCCUACUAUUUAUAUAACAACCUAGCCAUCCAUAACUACCCUGUGGGAUGGGGUACAACGUUGUUGGCUUUCUUGUGUAUGAUUAUGAUAGCUAUUCCAGUAUUUUUUUACUUAAAUGGUCCUAAAUUGAGAGCUAGAUCCAAAUAUGCUUACUAG